UUUGAAUAUCGGAAAAAGGAAGGAGAAAAGAUCCGGAAGAAAUAUCCCGACAGAGUCCCGGUGAUCGUGGAGAAGGCUCCCAAAGCCAGGGUGCCUGAUCUGGACAAGAGGAAGUAUUUAGUGCCCUCAGAUCUCACAGUUGGUCAAUUCUAUUUCUUAAUCCGGAAGAGGAUUCACCUGCGACCUGAGGACGCCUUAUUCUUCUUUGUCAACAACACUAUCCCUCCCACUAGUGCUACCAUGGGCCAGCUGUAUGAGGUAAUGGUCUCAGUCAUAACACUAUGGCACAGUCUAGCACUCUAGCUUUUGUUUCAAGGUGUGCUGAUAACACACCUAGAAAGUGGGGCAGGUGGUGUCAUUUAUCAGGAUCCUCUUACAUGUGGCAGUAUAAGGCUCUGGGAGAUUAGGUGCCGCUCGUCCUUUAGGGAUUGA